AUCAUAUAUGUGAGCCUAACAGCCCUCACAACUUACUUUUGUGAACUUCCCUAUUCUCUUCUCUUCUCCUACCUCCUUGUAAACCACGUCUCUCAUUUCUUUGCAGUGCCAAACUCAAAAACUUAGUCCUGAAUGGUUGGGCCUGUCUGGACUUUCAUGUUCUCUUCUUCAUCUUCUCUUCUCCCUCCAUCCCUUUCUUCUUCCUUCGCCUCUUCCAAAGAAGCAUGGUAUUAUCGCUGCCUUGGCCUUGACCCUUGAAUCCAAUUCCCUCUCUCUCUCACCCCUUCUUUAGCUUUUCUUCUUCUUGUUUUUUCUUUUUUUUAUAUUAAUUACUGGGUAUGGAAGAGAACACAAAAACAAAGUUAAAACAGAAGAUGAAUAGAAGUGUAUCUGAGAAAAUGUUGGCACAGAAGGAAAAAAAGAAGAGCACCGAGUCUCAGAGUGUGAAGAAGAAUCGAUUCUUGAUCACUGUCAAUGUUCUUGGCAGCGCUGGACCUAUCAGAUUUGUGGUGAAUGAGGAAGACAAUGUUUCUGUUGUUAUUGAUACUGCUUUGAAAUUGUAUGCUCGAGAAGGGCGACUUCCUGUUCUUGGCUCUGACGUCAAUACUUUCCUUCUCUAUCCUGCCAAUGCUGGAUCAGAUGCUCUUAAUCCAUCGGAGUUGAUAGGAUCAAGUGGAGGAAGGAAUGUUGUGAUGUGCAAGAAGCAGACCCAACCACAGAUGACAGAAAACCGGUCGGAGAUGAUUUCUAGGAAGGGAGGAAGCAAUAGUUGGAAGGCAUGGCUCAAUAAGUCCUUUAGCUUCAAGAUAUUAUCUCAUUAAAUUAUCAUAAAAAAUUCUAAGUGCACAAAAUUUGAUCACACCACCCCCAUGUGAGAAAACUGUGUUCAGUUUUGUGAUUGGAAUUUAUGCACGUAAAAAAACUGAAUUUUCAUUGGUGUUGGAAGGUUAAUUUUCUUGGCAAGUGACUCUUGUUUUGAGCUGUUCUCUACAAAAUUGUGAUUCGUGAUCAUACAUAGUCUUGUAAUGAUCUUUUAUGCUAUGUAACUUUUUAAAAUUAUGAACAAAAUGUUUCAAAUGAAUAAAGAAAAAAGUUUGUUUGAGUUUUAAA